UAGAAGAAAUAAAAUUAGAAACAACAAAAAAAUAGCAAAAUUUGAAGUUUUCAAAAUUUCACUGGUUUUAAGAUGUCCGACUAUGACAAUGAGCAACACUAUGUCCCUAAAGGUAUUUCGAUUGGAGAAAAUGAGGAGUUAAGUUUUAAGCAGCUGGAUAUUAUGACGAAAUGGCUGUUAGACGAUACUGAAGAAUUGGAGAAGGAAUUCAAACUGAAAAAUGAGUACACAAUACAACAAGAAGUUCAGUUAUUGAAUAAUGACAAAAUGUUAGUUGAGGUUAAUAGUCAAGUUCAAAACUUAAGCAACAAUAUGGAUGUUGUCCAGAAGGAAUACGAUGAAUUAAAUCAAUCUUUAGAUUAUCUAGAACGAAACCUAACUAAUGUUGAAGUGUUGGGGCAGGAAACGCGCAGUUACGUACAAUCCAAGAGGUGGGAGCGUGGUCAUUUAAUAAACUUAAUCACAACCACUGACCAGUUUAUGUUAUGUGUUCAACCUGAAAUUGCGCAGCUGGAAGAUACCAUCGCACUUGUGAAGAAGGAAACUAAUCCAUUAACAACAUUAUACCAAAUUCUUGACUGCCACGUUCGGACACUUGAACAAACUGAGAAGAAUUUAAAUACCAUCGUAAAUAGAAUUCCUGAAUUAAGGACUUGCCUCAAUGAAGUUAUGCUUCAAAUUACUAGAAAUCAAAAUACUACCCAAAAGGACGAGUGCUGUGGCCAAAACAAUCCAAAGCUCAGUUAAAAGAAUAUAUUAAAACGUGUAUUUAAUCAAAAAUAUUUUGUUCCAGAGAUUGUUACUAACUGCAAAAUUGUCAAGUUGAUUGAAUUCCCGAUAUAUUUUUGAAAAAAUUAAAUUUCG